AUGGCGCUCAAGGGAGGUCCUGAUUGUUGUGCUGCCACCGGUGUUACUUUUCGCUGCAGGCUGGAUAUGGCUCUCCCUCAUAUCCGUUUAUGUACCAGAGCCGUACCUGGCACAGAGGUACUGCGAUGGGAAAUGGAACGAGUGGGACAACAAGAUCACAACACCUCCAGGAUUAUAGAGCUGAACUUGGCCAAAGAGAACAAGCUCCAACGAGGAACUAAGGCCGUAUCUCUGUACGCUUUGUACACAGGCUUCAACAUUGCCCUGUUUCCGGUCCUGUUCUUUUUUAGUGCCCUCUACUAUACCGAUGUCAUGUCGACGCUGGCAGUAUUGGUCGCUUACUCGAACCACUUGACUCGUGUCCGCCAGCAAAAGACCUCCAUUUUGAACGAUAUCUGGACAGUAGUUGUGGGGAUUUUCUCUUUGACUAUGCGCCAGACUAACGUCUUCUGGGUUGUCGUCUAUCUGGGCGGCAUGGAGGCUGUCCAUGCUGUAAAAACGCAGGUGCCUGAGAAGCCGAAAGAGCUGGUCCCUGGCACACCUGUGAAGCAGACACUUUCUGGGUACACUCGAGGCGCCAUUCACGACCUACCUAUCAGCCAAGCCUGGCCCGACGAUGUCUUCUUCACGGUUGUGAGCAUUGGCGUUGCGGUGUGCUCCAACCCAUUUAGGGUCUUGAGGCAGGUAUGGCCACACGUAGUGGUCCUGGCUUCGUUCGGCGCAUUUGUGGUAUGGAACGGAGGAGUCGUUCUCGGGGACAAGUCGAAUCAUGUCGCGACACUCCAUCUUGCCCAGAUGCUUUAUAUAUGGCCUCUUUUCGCUUUCUUCUCCGCCCCUCUCUUUGUCUCUCAGGGGUUGUCUGUCCUUGGCAGAGCCUUCGGCUGGUCUGGGUCUCGUCAUUAUAAAGGCCAGCUGCCAAAGGCGACUGUCACUCAAUCCCCUGAAUCUUAUUCUACCAGCGCCGAGGUCAACCCAAAUUCGACUUUGAAGAGGGUAAAACGCGAGAGGAAUGCGGCAGGGGAAUCGUCGCGCGUAUCGGAUGCGACGCAAAAGGACAACCAGCAAGCUAGCUCUCUUCUCUUGAGAAGGUUAUCUUGCGCUACUCUUCUGCUUCUCUUCUGUAUGGGAGCCGUAGCGGUGGUCAAGUACAACACUAUCAUCCAUCCGUUUACACUCGCCGACAACAGACACUAUAUGUUUUACGUCUUCCGGUACACGAUCCGGAGACCUGGGCUUUUCCGUUAUUACCUCGUCAUCCCUUAUCUUUUGUCGGCGUUCUUAGUCUAUGGGUCAUUGGCACACGCAAAUGGUGUCUCCGUUCGGUCAUCGUCGCCGUUUAAUCACCACCCCUACGACCGGGAAUCCGAAGCUGUUACUCGGACAAAUAACGUCUCUUAUAGGGAACCAGCGCCUAGAGCUGGAGCGGAUACCAUUGUAACAUUGACAGACGAUGAGAUAUCCGAGCUGACAGUGCCGUCGUCUACGGCCAUCCUUCUUCUCCUGUCCACGACCCUGUCACUCAUCACUGCGCCGCUCGUCGAACCACGUUAUUUUAUCAUACCUUGGGUUAUGUGGAGGCUGCUUGUUCCAGCAUGGUCGAUGAAGGAUUUUAGCGAUGGGGCCAAGAACAUCCCUAUUCUCGAGCCGCUCUUAAAAAUGGGCACGAGCCUGGACUUGAGACUAUCCCUCGAGACGCUGUGGUUUGCGUGUAUCAAUGUCGCAACUAUGACCAUCUUCUUGCUGAAGUCUUACCAGUGGCGGGCCGAGGACGGAACAGUUUUGGACGAAGGGCGACUGCAGAGGUUUAUGUGGUGA